AUGGCAGACAUCGACGUAACCACAUCUGCCGUCAAACCCGCAGAACCAUCGUCUGCUCCGGACACGGCUUCAACCGCAUUGAUCGUGAACGAUUCGUCGGGUCGGAAAGUAGUGAAGAAGAUCGUCAAGAGGAAAAGACGGCCUGCCCGUCCCCAAGUCGACCCAGCAACCUUUACAUCCGAACCGCCGCCACAAACGGGAACCACCUUUAACAUCUGGUACAACAAAUGGUCAGGAGGCGACCGAGAAGAUAAAUACCUCUCCCAACAGGCCGCCAAGGGCCGAUGUAAUAUCGCGCGUGAUAGCGGAUAUACGAGAGCCGAUAAAGUUCCUGGAUCCUACUUUUGCCUCUUCUUCGCGAGAGGAAUCUGCCCGAAAGGCCAGGAUUGCGAAUACCUCCACCGACUACCGGGGAUUCAUGACAUAUUCAAUCCGAACGUGGAUUGCUUUGGACGGGACAAAUUCAACGACUACCGGGAUGAUAUGGGCGGAGUGGGAAGCUUCAUGCGCCAGAACCGGACAUUGUAUUGCGGGCGAAUACAUGUCACGGAUGACAUUGAGGAAAUCGUCGCCCGGCAUUUCCAGGAAUGGGGUCAAAUCGAUCGCACCCGGGUCCUCACCAACCGAGGAGUCGCUUUCAUCACAUACACCAACGAAGCCAACUCCCAGUUUGCGAAAGAAGCGAUGGCGCACCAAUCGCUUGAUAAUACCGAGAUUUUGAACGUUCGAUGGGCCACGGUGGAUCCGAACCCCGCAGCACAAAAACGAGAAGCACGACAGCUGGAAGAACAAGCCGCUGAAGCGGUCCGACGGGCGCUGCCGGAAGAGUUUGUCGCGGAAAUCGAGGGACGGGACCCGGAGGCGAAGCGGAGGCGGAAAGAGCUUGACUUUGGGUUGGAAGGUUACAAUGCGCCGGAUGGCGUGUACUAUAACCAAGGCAAAGGGCUCGAAGCGGCGCAGGAGAAGAUGUUGCUGGAAAUGGAAAGGAACGAGGAACGAGAGCAGGAUGUUGAGGAUGGCCAUGAAGAUGGAGGCAUAUUUACGCGCUCCACAAUACAGGCUUUGAAAGGACUGAACGGUCAUGGCAUAAGGAUGGAGUCGAAAGAUGCGCCGGCUGCGGCGAGUGGCCCUCUCGUGGGAUAUGGGAGCGAGGAUGAGAGCGAUUGA